UGAUUGUUCUACAUCCUUUGUACCACUGGGGACAUAUCCGGUUGUAUCCCCGGUCCGACUGCAGCUCUUGCCAGUUGUCACAGUUCUGUGAAUAUGUGUUAAGUACACUCGGUUUCUGCCUUGCAAGCGCUAAUACUGUAAUUUUUACGUCCGAGUUGCACGUUUGAUUUUCUUCUGCCCUUAUAUUGCAAGUAAUCUGUCUACUGGUUUAAAAUGAUUUCAGAAUUGUCGAAGUCAUCCGUGCGAAUCGGAGAUCCUCAGAAAGUGGAGCAGAUUCUAAACGCGAUGAAACGGGAUGGGCCCAACUCUGUCCAGGUUAUCUCAGACUUUGAUAUGACCCUCACCAGAUUUGCUUUUAAUGGAAGGCGCUGUCCUACUUGCCACAAUAUCCUGGAUAAUAGUAAAUUGAUCAGUGAAGAUUGCAAAGAGCAGCUGAAGGAGUUAUUGAACACGUACUACCCCAUUGAGAUAGACUCAACCCGCACAGUGGAAGACAAACUGCCUCUCAUGGUAGAAUGGUGGACCAAAGCCCACACACUUCUGGUGCAGCAGAAGAUCAAGAAAGACCUUUUGGCCAUAGUAGUGAGGGAGUCUGACGCCAUGCUGAGGGAGGGGUACCAGUUCUUCUUUGAUCAUCUGAACGAGCAGAACAUCCCUCUGCUCAUCUUCUCAGCCGGCAUAGGAGACGUUUUGGAGGAGGUGAUCAAACAGGCAGAAGUCUUCCACCCCAACGUCAAAGUGUUCUCAAACUACAUGGACUUUGAUGACACUGGUACGCUGCGAGCCUUCAAAGGUGAGCUGAUCCACACCUACAAUAAGCGUGAGGGAGCUCUGCUGAACACGGGCCACUUCCAGGAGCUUCACGAGCGCCACAACGUGCUGCUCUUCGGGGACUCCAUAGGGGACCUGACCAUGGCCGACGGGGUGCAGAACAUGGAGAACAUCCUCAAGAUCGGAUAUCUCAACGACAAGGUGGACGAGCGGAUGCAGUCGUACCUGAGCUCCUAUGACAUCGUGCUGGUGAAAGACGAGACCAUGGAGGUGCCCAACGCCAUCCUGCGCCACGUCACCAGCACCCAGUGAACCCUCGACCUCACCCUCACCACCCCCCACCUCAACUGAACCUUUCCACUCACUCACUCACUCGCACCAGCCGACCUUCAACCCAUGACCUCUCUGCCUGCACACCGCAGAAAGCUUUCAAUGAAGGCCCUCUGCCCCGAAACCAUCCCCCUUCCCCUCAUCCUUACGUGUGUCACUGACAGGUAGAACCCUAAAACCAAGUGAAAAAGAAAUAAAGUUUGCGACACUGCUUGUCUAGAAUUAUUUAAUGGAGCGCAACGUUUCGACCUUCAGGUCUUCAUCAGGCACUUUGUCGCGGACUUUAUUUCUUUUUCACUUGGAUUUACUCUCAUUGUCCUGCACCUGGCCCAUCAGGUGGGAUGUGCACACAUCUACUCCUCUGAACUAGAACCCUAAAACCCCCACACUCACUCACUCGUCCCGCUCCAGUCCUAAGCAUCCCCAGCUCCAGUCCACUCCUCCCAGGCAGAGUGCUGUCCUGUCCACCCCCCUCCCUGGAGAGUUGGUGGUGGUGGUGGUGGUGCUGUGGCGGAGCCUGAACACCGUGUCUGUGUGCUAGUCCUCCUAUGCUCCGUAUGGUGGGUGGGUGUGUCUGCAGUGCAGUAUGUGCCAUUCUGCUGGCUCAUCUGCUGGUGCUGUUGCAGGGCACACGUUUCCCCUCCCUUUCUGUAGCUACACUCGUCAGUGUCGUGCGCAGACUGCUUCUUUAAGUCCGUUACAGCUUUAGUGUCUCACACACACUUAUUAACGCACACUCAUACGUGGACACACACACACUUAUUAACGCACACUCAUACGUGGACACACACACACUUAUUAACGCACACUCAUACGUGGACACACACACACACACACACACACACACACACACACACACACACACACACACACACACACACACACACACACACACACACACACACACACACACACACACACACACAAACUCUCAUUUAGAUAAGCUCACAAAUCCCACGCACAAGGGCAUUUGAUAUAGCGAGCAUCUUUUUUGUUUUGAAAAUGCACAAGACAUUACGGGUGUGUGUCCACAGCAGGACAUCAUUAAGCCUACGGAACAAAGCCCAUCAUCAUUGGUCAUUUGUUUUAACACGUCUGCUAAUCUGUAAUGACUGGAGAGAGAAUAGUGAAAAGGUCUCAGUACUUUGGCUCCUGAAAGGGUUUUGUAUAGCAAAUCACAGUUCAGGAUACUGUGUAUUGAAAAGGGAAUCAUUUUGAAAGUGUGUUGCAUCCAUUUGUACUUUUUUUUAACAUUGUAUUUGGUUCAUCAAUGGGUUUUGAUUGUUUUUUUUUUGCAUGUUUUAUCUGUUUUUCACCCCCAAAUUCUGUGAUACUGUCAAGGUGAUGCGUUUAAGAUUGGUCCAGGGCUUACAGGUGUAAUGGUUUGUCAUUUGCUCUCAUCUAAGCUAUUUAUGUCCCAUCAAUGUGCCGGUGGCCAUUAAGCUGAAGUCUGAAGUAGACUGUUAAAAAAGACAGUUGAACGUCUGAUUUAUAUAAUAUUACAAAACCAGCUACCUUUCUCAUUUUUUUUCUUUGAUUGUAUGUUUACUUUCAUUGUUUACAUUAAUUGGUACACAGAUGCAAGCAGAAGUGGGAAAUGACAGAGUGAGUCCAGCCCAGUCCAGUCCAGCAAAGUAUUAUUAUCUCUUGAGCUACAUACAGUAACUGGUUUGAAUCAGUAAUGUCAUACAGUGUGGACUGUAGAUUGUGGAGCUAUGGAACUUUGUGCUGUGAAUGUUGAUGAGUGCCCCCCACUCAUUGCCUUCCUUCUCCUCCAUGCAGCCAGCAUGCAAUCACUUCCAAGCCCCAGCAGGCCAUUUUCUAAGCAGCUGAUGUACUGCAUUUGCAUAAUCCUUUAACCGACUCCUGUUUGACAAAACAAGCCCCUUCCCCCUUUCAUUGUUUAGAUUUUGUAGUUAUGAUGUCUCUUAAUAACCGUACUGUGAAUAAACGGUACAUGCACCUUUACGUACAGAUGUGAUGAGAGACAAUUGGAAGAACUGUUACUGAAUGUACAGUAUUCUACAAGCAGCGAGUGCUUGGUUUUCUUAUUCUUUAAAUCUUCUGUCAAAGACCAUCACUGACCAUUGUUAGUCUUUCCCUAACCCUGGUCGCAAUGCCAUCAGAGCUCAGUGUUUAAAAGAUGUUUUUUAUGUGACUCAUUUGGAUAUUUGUAUUUUGAUGGCAAAACACAAGUAUGACCAAAAUUCAACGUCAUUUGAUAACUUGCAAGGCUUGCAAAAUGGCAGACAGAAGCAGUGCUAACCCAGUGCUCUGUCUCCAAAAGUUUAUUUUCUCACCCUUUGAUUAGUUGUGUAGAAGUUUAUUUGUAGACUUUGUUUGAGACAUGUGAACGAUUUCUGUUUAAAAUUUAUUUUUAACAUUGUCUUGCCCAUCCAGCAUGCUUGUGAGACAUAUACCACCAUAAUGUUGUUGUGGCAGUUGUGACAUUCAUGGUGCAAGCUGCGAUAAUACAGAGAAGGAAACGUAAGUAAUAAUAAUAAUUAAAAAGAUGUUUUUAUGAAAACAAAGUGUGUUAUGAUGCUAUUUUUGUUGUGUGAACUCCAAGAGGUGUCAGAACUCAAGGCAGGAAAAGACUAGACAAUUCUGUGUCAUCUCUUGUUUUGUGCCAGUCUC